CACUCCCCUCACGUACAAGCAACGUGAUUAUCAUUUUCCAUAACAACAACCCAACUAUUUUUUUCUUCUUCUUUAUAACAAACUUUAAAUUGUUGGAAAAUCUUAAAGCUUUAUAUCCUUUUCUUUCAGACAAAGGCAACCGAAUAAACGCUAUUUGUUUGUUUUUCUUUUUCAAAAACUCUCUUCUUCUCCUUUUUAUUUUACGAUAAAAAUUCCUUUUGUUCUGUUUUUUUUGCUUGUACCGGCUCUGUUUUGGUGUUUUUUAUUUUGUAUUUUUGUUAUGAAACUUCAUCAUUAUAGUUACUGCAUCAUCAUUACUUUAUUUUUGUUCUCAUUGUUGUGGUGUUGCUUUAUCUUUAUUUUUUUCUUCUUUUAUCCUCGCAACAAAAAAAAAAGAGCAUGAUUGUUCCUCUGUUUGAUCAUUGAUUCUUCUUUAAAGAAAAGAAACAUUUUGAACAUUUUUUGGUAGAAACCGAAAUAAAUGCGGUCAUGAUUUUUGCUUAAUGUAAAUUUUCUCAUUAAACGUGUGAAGCUGCACAACCCAUGUGGUGCUAACUUGUCGACAUGGAGAGGCUAAACUCGAAGCUGUACUUGCAAAACUGUUAUAUAAUAAAGGAGAACGAGAGGUUGAGGAAGAAAGCUCAGAUUCUGAAUCAAGAGAAUCAAGAACUCCUCUUCGAACUCAAACAGAAGCUCUCCAAUGGAUCAUCAAACCAAGGAAGCAACAACAACAACAAUCUCUCUUCAUCAUCAAGCUCUGCUUCUGGACAUUAAUCCUGAUCAUGGAACAACAACAAGAACUCUUUAGGACAAGAUUUGGAUUCGGUUAACUAGAAGAACCCUAUAUCAUCAUUUUCUUUUCUUCUAUUGGUGUAGUAAUGUAAGGAAAAAAAAACUUAGUUAAGAAUAGUUUUAUUAGUGGUAGUAUUAUUAUUAUUAUAAAUUAUCGAGUAGUUUUUUUAAAUUUUUAUAUUUGGUGGGUUCUUCUUUCUUUCUUUGUUCCUGAUUUACUAGAAAAAGGACAGAAGCGUUGUGUGCUCUCUCUGACCUAUUCUUCUUCUCUCAGGGAUAUUUUACUUUUGUUUCCAUUUAUAUGUUAAUUAGAUUUUUCUAUUUUGCCUUUUCAUGUGGGGUUUGGUUGUUUAGGACAUGGUGGAUUCUGGGAGACUACAUUGUACCCUUCUGAGCUCUUCUCUUAACUUAAACAACCAGUAUCUUUACAUUUUUU